CCAGUGUAAUAGAACUCCCUCAUUGAUUGUCGCUCGGGAAAGAAGCUGGGUUGGGUCCACGGAAUUUCAUACAGAGCCAGUUUUCUGCAACUGCACCACGCAUUUCUUUAGCUUUUUCAUAUUAACAUAAGCUUGAGGUACAUGCAUCGCUUAUUCUUAACAAGUAGUUAGCUAGUGCCGAGGGUUUGAACCAAUUUAAAACAGAGUCGGUAACCUAGCAAGAUCGUGCAUUCAUUUUCGACGAAAGCAAAACGAGUGCGAAUGACGAGAACGCAUUCGCUAAACUAGUUUUCGAUAGGUUUUCAACCUAACUAGCUAGCUGAAAUAUAACCAGACAUGGACGACAAGUCAUUCACUAAGGAAUUGGAUGGGUGGAUUGAGCAACUCGGCGAAUGCAAGCAGCUCUCGGAAAACCAAGUCAAAGCCCUUUGCGAGAAGGCCAAAGAGAUCCUGACGAAGGAGUCUAAUGUGCAGGAGGUGAGAUGUCCAGUCACCGUGUGCGGGGAUGUCCAUGGCCAGUUCCAUGACUUGGUGGAGCUGUUUAAAAUCGGAGGGAAGUCUCCGGACACCAACUACCUCUUCAUGGGAGACUACGUGGACAGGGGCUACUACUCUGUAGAGACAGUCAGCCUCCUGGUAUCUCUCAAGGUUAGGUACCGUGAGCGAAUCACAAUCCUUCGAGGGAACCACGAGAGCAGACAGAUCACCCAGGUGUACGGCUUCUACGACGAGUGUUUAAGGAAAUACGGAAACGCCAACGUCUGGAAGUACUUCACAGACUUAUUUGACUAUCUGCCCCUCACUGCCCUGGUAGAUAACCAGAUCUUCUGUCUCCACGGUGGACUGUCCCCCUCAAUAGACACAUUGGAACACAUCAGAGCGCUGGAUCGCUUACAGGAAGUUCCUCAUGAGGGUCCGAUGUGUGACCUGCUGUGGUCAGACCCUGAUGACCGUGGCGGCUGGGGCAUCUCUCCCCGCGGUGCCGGCUACACCUUUGGACAGGACAUCUCAGAGACUUUCAACCAUGCUAACGGACUCACCCUGGUCUCCAGAGCUCACCAGCUCGUCAUGGAGGGUUAUAACUGGUGCCAUGACCGUAACGUAGUGACUAUCUUCAGUGCACCCAAUUACUGCUAUCGCUGUGGAAACCAGGCUGCCAUCAUGGAGCUGGAUGACACACUCAAGUACUCUUUCCUUCAGUUUGAUCCAGCCCCUCGCAGAGGAGAGCCCCAUGUGACCCGCCGCACUCCUGACUACUUCCUGUAAAAGAUCCCAAUGCUUGUAAAGCAUUGCUGUAGAAUCUUCUUAGUCAACGUGAAGCAGAAGGUGGGGAAAAGGGAGCAACUGACCAUCGGUAUAGAGUUGUGACAAAUUAAGCAUCCAUGGACCAAAAUGUGUGCCAUAAUUUCACAAUGCAAAAAUGGAGAGAGAGGGGGGGGGGAAUCUGAUUCAACUUUAAAGAAGACCACACAACCUACACCCACCACAGUCCACUUCCUACUCUCUGCAUGUUGUAUUUAUGUCUCUGAAAAUGAUUCUUCAUUAUAAAGACUACAGUGGCUGUGUAGUGCACUAUAUAUAGUUAAAAGGGUGCCAUUUUGGAAGGAGACAGUCUCACAGUACCUGCUGGUUUUGUCAGGUAAAAUAUCUACUUUGAAUGAAUGCAUCUGCUGAGAUUAAUGCUUAAAUGUAACCCUUGUGUUAGGACUGUAAUUAAGAUAUAGAAUGGUUCGCCAGAACUAAACUCAUCAUGGCCUCAAACUGGAAGGUUGCGGUAAAACAUGUUGCAACAUUUUUUUGGAACAAAUUCAAUGGCUUUUUUUGUGCGUGUGAAUUGAAAUCGUUGUUUUCAGGGUUGGUUGGGCGGAAUUGAAUUCUUCUGUUUGCACUUUUGUAUUUAAUUUUUAUCACAUGACACUGACAAACUACUACAUUCUGUUUUAUAUUUCACCCCCAGAAAAAUAGCUUUUCUGUCACUCACCUGUCUGUCACGUGAGUGACAUCUAUUUCAGUUAGGAACACCUGUACAAAAUGAUAUCCCUUGUUAUACACUGAACAAAAAUAUAAACGCAACAUGUAAAGUGCUGGUCCCAUGUUUCAUGAGUUUAAAUAAAUUAUACCAGAAAUGUUC